GUUUGUGGAAGCAGUGUGGGAGAUGGCGGAACCACUGAGGGGACGUGGUCCGAGGUCCCGCGGUGGCCGAGGCGCUCGGAGAGCCCGAGGCGCCCGUGGCCGGUGUCCUCGCGCCCGGCAGUCUCCGGCUAGGCUCAUUCCAGACACCGUGCUUGUGGACUUGGUCAGUGACAGCGACGAAGAGGUCUUGGAAGUCGCAGACCCAGUAGAGGUGCCGGUCGCCCGCCUCCCCGCGCCGGCUAAACCUGAGCAGGACAGCGACAGUGACAGUGAAGGGGCGGCCGAGGGGCCUGCGGGAGCCCCGCGUACAUUGGUGCGACGGCGGCGGCGGCGGCUGCUGGAUCCCGGAGAGGCGCCGGUGGUCCCAGUGUACUCCGGGAAGGUACAGAGCAGCCUCAACCUCAUUCCAGAUAAUUCAUCCCUCUUGAAACUGUGCCCUUCAGAGCCUGAAGAUGAGGCAGAUCUGACAAAUUCUGGCAGUUCUCCCUCUGAGGAUGAUGCCCUGCCUUCAGGUUCUCCCUGGAGAAAGAAGCUCAGAAAGAAGUGUGAGAAAGAAGAAAAGAAAAUGGAAGAGUUUCCGGACCAGGACAUCUCUCCUUUGCCCCAACCUUCGUCAAGGAACAAAAGCAGAAAGCAUACGGAGGCGCUCCAGAAGCUAAGGGAAGUGAACAAGCGUCUCCAAGAUCUCCGCUCCUGCCUGAGCCCCAAGCAGCACCAGAGUCCAGCCCUUCAGAGCACAGAUGAUGAGGUGGUCCUAGUGGAAGGGCCUGUCUUGCCACAGAGCUCUCGACUCUUUACACUCAAGAUCCGGUGCCGGGCUGACCUAGUGAGACUGCCUGUCAGGAUGUCGGAGCCCCUUCAGAAUGUGGUGGAUCACAUGGCCAAUCAUCUUGGGGUGUCUCCAAACAGGAUUCUUUUGCUUUUUGGAGAGAGUGAACUGUCUCCUACUGCCACCCCUAGUACCCUAAAGCUUGGAGUGGCUGACAUCAUUGAUUGUGUGGUGCUAGCAAGCUCUUCAGAGGCCACAGAGACAUCCCAGGAGCUCCGGCUCCGGGUGCAGGGGAAGGAGAAACACCAGAUGUUGGAGAUCUCACUGUCUCCUGAUUCUCCUCUUAAGGUUCUCAUGUCACACUAUGAGGAAGCCAUGGGACUCUCUGGACACAAGCUCUCCUUCUUCUUUGAUGGGACAAAGCUUUCAGGCAAGGAGCUGCCAGCUGAUCUGGGCCUGGAAUCCGGAGAUCUCAUCGAAGUCUGGGGCUGAAGCUCUCACCCUGUUCGGACGCAAAGCCAAGACAUGGAGACAAUAGCUCCCAAUUUUAUUAUUGUGAUUUUUCGCCCCAUAAGGGCUAACAGAAACUGAAUUAGAACUUGUUUACUUAUUUAUUUCUGGUGCUGGGGAUUGAACCCCAGACUAUGCACAUGCUAAGGAUGUAUGAAGUGGAGGCAAAACCAAGGCAUUACCUUUAGCCAGCCUCUAGUAGACUGUAGUGUCAAGCAAGUGGCUACUUGGUAGUUGUGUGGCUCUGUGUAUGUUUGUGCUGUAUUUGGCAGCCCCUGGGGCACAUAGAAGGGACCUUGGCUUCCCUACCAUUUCACGUUCGCUGGUGCCCUUUCCUUCAUCAGAUGACUUCUGUGAAGCUGCCUAUGUUGAGUGUGUUGAACUAAAUGAGCUCUGCUUUGGGUGUCCAGGCCUGGGGUUUGUGCCGCAGUUGGAGCCAGCAGUGACUUCACUCUGACUUGGGACUGAGAAUGCAUUUCCUGGUGGAGACACUCGGGUGCAGAAAUAUAACAGAAGGUGACAUACAUGCUGAAGCUGAGGACUAGGUCGAAAGUUAACGACGUUGCAUUUUCAGCCUUGGGUAUCCUCUCUGCCUGCCAGGACUCUAGCCAGUGUCUGGUACACACUUCUUGGCAUGGACACCUAGCCAUAAUCAAAUACAUAGAGCCGUUGAGUGUUAGAUCACUCUAGUUCUCGGUCUUCCUCCCUCACGCUCUCUCUCUCCAGUUAGUACCUAUCUGGGAUAUUGGUACCUUUGGAUAUGAAUGUCCUUAUAAGAAAAUAUUCUGAACACAUGUGGUUUUACUGUAUACACACGGAGUUGUGCAAUAGAUAGUCUGUCUUCAGUCAGAAUGAGUAACAGUCUAGCCAUGUUAGCGCCUUCUAGGUCCGUCGUUGCUUGGAUCUCUGUGGGUGCCACAUAGUGGCAUUAGAUGCUUUUACUCACACAUUGCCUUAAGGGGGAUGCCCAAGUCUCCAGCUCCUUGGGACCAUAUUCCAGGCCACAGCAAACAUCUUUCAUGUGUCCCCUUUGGGCCUGGGUAGGUCUUUCUUUGGUGUGCUUGUCCAGGCUGGGACUGUGGCUUAUACAGGUUCUUUUUUCUUGGGGCUUCUCUUUCCUUAUCUUUACCAGCAUUUGGCGCUGUUGAAAUCCUGAUUUUGGCAGUCAGUGUGUAUAAAGCACCACAUAUCUUAAUAUCCCUUUAUCUGAAGACCAUUUCUUACGCAUGGCCACCUUCUGGUUUUUCUUUGUCAGCUGCUGUAUUCUCGGGAGGCGGCUUCCUCUUGCUUGUGUUUCCUUUCCUUGAGGAGUUGCUUGUGUUCUGGGCGGUUGCAAAAACCCUCAGAACAGCACUUUGUGUAUCCAGGGGAUUUUCACCAAACAUACAUUCUUAAUUUUAAUGUAUACAGUUGGCUUUUGUUAGGAAGUUUUGUUUUGAUUUUUUGUUUUUAAGGGAAAAUACAAAGGAGCUUCCAGAGUGGGGGCGGGGGGUGGGGUGGGGGUGGGGGCGGUAGUGGAGAAUCUCAGGAUUGAUACGUUUGGGUUUCCAAGCUAGUUUAAGAGACUUUGAUUUUCUUCUUUUAGCUCCAUAGUUUUUUGUUCUUUUGUUUUUUUUUGUUUUUGUUUUGUUUUGUUUUGUUUUGUUUUGUUUUGUUUUUUUCUCUCAUAUUGAGACCACUAGAUGAGACUAGAGUUCUAACUGGUCUACUCUGGUGUAGGUAGAUUGUUCUGAGCCCUCUACCCAGGUUCUCACUGGUUGCUGCUGGGCUCCUGACUAUUGUGUGUUACUUAUAAACUGUCUAAAAUGCACCUUUGUGCCGGAGAACAAGUUGUAUUUUGUUUUUAAUUAUAACGAGCCAGUUUUCUAAGCUUUGUCUACUAAAACAAAAUAAAAACAUUAUAGUCUGAUUUUCACAAAAGUAUGCCAACUCCCUUUUUUUGUGAGAAUAUAUGCCAUUCCUUUGACUUUUGUAACAUUUUUAAAAAUCCAUGAUAUAGUAUAGCUUCCAGGUUUUUCAGCUCUUGUAUGCCCAUUGGUUAGUAAGUCUGAACACACUAUUAUGUAUCCAUCCAAUCUCAACUGAAUAAAGGGAGAUGCCUUUUGGAGCA